GCGGAGGCUGGGCCAGGGGCCGGGGUGUGCGGAGAGUCGGCGCCGGCUGUGCGUGGGAAGUCACUCUGACUCAGGCGGGACUCAGGCUGAGUUUGACCGGGAGGCGCAGGGGCAAGUCUAGGAGGUGGUCGAGCUGUGAAUACUGGUGGGAGCAGCGGCCACAGUAAAGCCAAAGAAGUGCCACCCGCGGCGGCGGGAAGAGAAGGAGGGAUAAGGGAAGUGUUGGUUCGGACAGACCGGCCGGCCGCACAGUGCGCCCGCUCUCUGGAGGCGGGGGGCUGGGGUGGGCGGGGUGGGGCUGUAGCGCCGCUGUAGGCAUCUAGGUUGUGGCGUCCCUCCCGCCUCCCUGGGAGCUGUUGCACUCACUAAAGGCAAGUUGUCUCGACUUCCCGGAAGCCCCUUCCUGCCGUGAGCCCCAGUCCCUGGCGCCCGGCUUAGCUAGUGGGGAGCGUCCCCAGUCCAGCCCCGGAUAGACAGCUGAGCGCGAUGCCUGGAGGGUGCGCCCGGGGCUCCGCUGCCGCCACCGCUGCCGGGGACCGGAGACUGCGGCUGGCCCGGCUGUUGUUGGUUCUCCUGGGCUGGGUCUCCUCGUCCACCAGCACUUCCUCGUCGUCUCCGUCGUCUUCCUCGACUUCUUCAUCUUCUCCAGCCUCCUCGGUGUCAGCUCAGCCACCGCCCCCGCCGCCUCCGCCGCCCCCUGGCCACUGCCCUGCGCCCUGUGAGUGCUCCGAGGCGGCCCGGACCGUCAAGUGUGUCAACAGGAACCUGACCGAGGUGCCGGGGGAUCUACCCCGCUACGUGCGCACCCUCUUUUUCACAGGCAACCAGCUGACAGUACUGCCCGCGGGUGCCUUCGCCUCACGGCCGCCCCUGGCCGACCUAGCCGCCCUGAACCUCAGCGGCAGCCGCCUGCAAGAAGUGAGAGCUGGCGCCUUCGAGCACCUGCCCAGCCUGCGCCAGCUGGACCUCAGCCACAACCCACUGGCAGUCCUGAGCCCCGUCGCCUUUUCUGGCGGCGGCAGCAAUGCCAGCGGCUUGGUCCGGAGUCCCCUCGCGGAGCUGUUCCUGAACGACAUCCUGCCACCCCGGGACUCGGAGCUCCGAAACCGGAGCUUCGUGGGCAUGGUGGCGGCGGCGCUGCAAAGUGGGGGCGCUCUGGGCAACCUGCUCCGUCUGGAGCUGUCCGGCAACCACUUCUAUUACCUGCCGCGGAACAUGUUCUCCGGCCUGCCCAAGCUCAAGCACCUGGACCUCCACAACAACUCGCUGGUGAGCCUGCGCGACCUGGCCUUAGGUAACCUAACGCAACUGGAAACUCUCCACCUCGGGAACAACGCAUUCAAGGCCUUGCAUAAUGAUACCAUGGCCCAGCUGCAGGCUCUGCCCAGCCUGCGGAUCAACCUAGACAGCAACCCCUGGCUCUGUGACUGUAACCUGGCUGAUACGGUGGCCUGGCUCAAAGAAACUAAUGUGGUAGAGGGCAAAACCACCCUCUCCUGCUUCUCCCCAGAGAAAAUGAGGAACCGUCCCUUGGUGAAACUCAACAGCUCUGAGCUGGACUGUGGCCCACCACCCCCUCUAGACCCUUUGCAGACUUCUUACGUCUUUCUAGGGAUAGUUUUAGCCCUUAUUGGAGCAAUUUUCUUACUGGUUUUGUAUUUGAACCGCAAAGGCAUAAAAAAGUGGCUAUAUAACAUCAGAGAUGCCUGCAGGGAUCACAUGGAAGGUUAUCACUACAGAUAUGAAAUCAAUGCGGACCCCAGGUUAACAAACCUCAGCUCCAAUUCAGAUGUCUAAGAAACAUGAAGAAAGCAGAGCAUUGACAACAGCUAUGCAUGAGAUGUAGACUUAAGCUUUACAGCACCCUAGGCUUGCUCACCCUCCACCCUUCACUACAGAAACCACAGACUGAUGAAAAGCCAUGCAGAAGCUAUGCCUCCAUGUUAUAUGUAGAGUUCUCUGGUGUUUUCUGUUGACUUAAGACACUGGACAAUUACACAUAGUGUUUGGCUGUACAGAAAGAGACAUGCUUUCCCCACAUCCUCCCACCCACUCUCCACCUGUUCUUGGAACUUUGUUCGAACUUGUUUGGAGGGAUUUUUCAAGUUUCGUCAUGACUAAGGACUUCUUGCAGUCUGGUUUUCUCAGAGUACAGUACAAGGUGUAGCAAUUGUACAUACCAUUCAACAAAAACUGCCUCAACUUUUUUGAGAACAUAUUUUAUUUGUCAAUGCUGGUUUUAUUCUUGUGUACCUAAAUUGUGGAGAAAACAAUUUUAUUCCAUAAACUGCCUGCAGAGUCUAGAAAGCUUUUAUUUUCCUUCAGUAGUGCACAGAGGAGCAAACAAUUAGAGAGUAUGCAUGCCUACAGUAACUGUUCUGCAUAUUACAAAAUUCCCAACCUCAGACAGAUUCUUUGAAAAAGGAAGCUUCUCUGAAAAACAAAAAAAAAGUUGCUUUUUGAUUGCAGUUUACAUGAAGCUACAUCAAGUUUUUUAAAAAUGUAAACUGCAUCUAGAUUCAACAGAACAAAUUGUUAAAAAAAAUUCAAUAAAGGUUCUUAAAAGAACUACAGCAGAGUCAAAGUUAUGUAUGCUGUUCUUAUUAGACUUUGUAAAGGAAAAAUAGCUUGCCUAGUUUUAGUUCAGACCAAUAAAUUAAUCAUUAUUCAUGUUGCCAUCUUUAUUGCAUAGCCUGAAUAGUUAUUAUCUAGACUGAAGUUAGAGAUUCCUUUUGAAAUAUUGGUCUGGUUAGAUUUAAAAGAUUCGAGAUGUUUUGACUGUGAAUAUUUAUACAAACCUGCCUUCUCUUGACCUAAAAGUUGGUGUCUACUAACUCAGAACUAGAUUUUUGAGAGCAGCAUAAAGUAGGGCUGGAUAAUGAUUUCUCUACAGUAAGCCAAAUUGAAUUUGCUGCUCUCCAAAUGUUAAUGAAGUUGCUCUUAGAGCUUAACUCUAAAUAAAGUUCUUUUGGGGAAAUCACUCCUUGGGGUCUCAGAGCAGGAUGUGAAACAUUCAGAAAGGCUUAAAAAAAUUAAAUUGUAAAUAUGGAACGGCUUUAAAGUACAUCUUAACAUUAUGGGAUAGAGUAUUUUAAAAAUAUAAUUUUUUUUCCAUUUUCCAAUAUCACAAAAUAAACUAAAUAGGUAUUCCUCUCUUGUUUUUUUUGUUUUCAUUUUUUUGGAAUAGAAAUUUUAAUUUAGACUGGAGCAAUAAGGUAAAAUGUUGUGGGAGGCCCAGGUACAUUUAGAAAAUUGCCCUUUGACCUGUCUCGUUUUUGUAUUAGUAUCUCUAGUGUCUAUAAAAUGCCUGGUACAUAGUAGGCACUUAAUACAUGCUUGUUGAUUAAUUGUUUGAAGGGACCUUGGAGGCCAUUUAGUCCAGCUCUCUCAUUUUACAGAUGAGGAAACUGAGGUCCAGAGAGGUUAAGUGACCCUCAGGUAAGUCUGUUUAGUGCUUGGAUUCUUUGUUCUUCUUAUUGACUUUAGCCAAGUUACGAAUUUGAAAAUGUGACCUUCUUAAAAUCUUUGUUGGAAAGAGUUGGGAUGUAAAUCCUAAAUAAGUCCAUGUUUGAAGAGACUACUUUAUGAAGGACAGGAGCACCUAGAAUUUGGUUUAAAUAAUGCAGAUGAUAAAAGCAAAUCCUUUAUCAUUUGGAAUCAUCAGGAACAGAUGAGAUUUUCCUAUUAGUAUUAAAUUUAACAUUCUAAUUUUGAAAGAGCAAAAAAAAAAUCCCUUACUAUUAUAACUUAGUGUUUAAGAUCAUCUUGGGUUUUUAUUCUAUGCUAAACAUUGAAAGGUUAUUAAAAUAAUUUAGUAUAGCUCCAUUGUUUACAAUCUUUGGCCUGUUAUUCUCAAAAGACUAGGUAGUUAUCACUGUUCUAUAUCUACCAUAAGAAUUUAAGCCCUAAAGGGAAUCCUCUUAAUCUCUCAUUUAUUAUAUAAAUUUUUCCAAUUUAAUUUACAAGAUAUCGUUAAAUUUGGUUAAUUAAACUAGCUUGCAUUAGUCUCAGGGCUCUCUCUUUCUGUGCUUUAAAGUGGUUAUUUUCAUCAAUGUGAUGCAUGUAGAAUAACUAUAGAUUUUGUGUUUUCAUAAAUGAGGCAAGUUGAGAAUUGGUGUUUUAUGCAAACCUGUUUCAGAGAUCAUCACCUCACUUCUUAAAGUUUAAAUGAGUUGAAAUUCUCAAAAUAGAGCCACAUAGAUUAGUUUCAGUUUAUUGUUUUUAAUGAUAUAGAUGCACAAUAAAACAUUUCAAACUACCUCAACUAGUUUAAUAAUGACACUUAUUUUUAAGAAAUAUCAAUUUAUUCAUUAAUUUUGAGCUAUAUCUCAGAGCCAUUAUUAUUUUUGAAAAAGCAAAAU